CAAAUGUAUUCCAACCGCAAGGAGUGCCCCCGCAGGGUCAAGUCCUUUGAUUCAGUCAACUCUGGAUUGGAUGAGAAUCAGAUCAAUAAUGAGUUCAAUAAAUCAACUUACAUCAAGAUCGAAGACAAUAAAGAAUACAGUGAGAAUGUGUGCGAGAGAGGGAAGGCCUCAGUCAUCUUCUCCCUAAAGAAUGAGAUUGGGGGGCUGGUCAAAGCACUGAAGCUUUUCCAGGAGAAACACGUCAAUCUCAUUCAUAUUGAGUCCCGAAAGUCAAAGAGAAGAAACUCUGAGUUUGAGAUCUUUGUGGAUUGUGACAGCAACAGGGAACAACUGAAUGAAAUCUUCCAGCUGCUCAAGCCUCACGUCAAUGUGAUAUCCAUGAGCCCCCCUGAGAACUUCACUGUGCAGGAGGACGAUAUGGAAAGUGUCCCCUGGUUCCCCAAGAAGAUCUCUGACCUGGACAAAUGCGCAAACAGAGUUCUAAUGUACGGAUCAGAUCUGGACGCCGACCACCCUGGUUUCAAGGACAAUGUGUACCGUAAGAGACGCAAGUAUUUUGCCGACGUUGCAAUGUCCUACAAAUAUGGGGAUCCAAUACCCCACAUUGAGUUUACAGAAGAGGAGAUACAGACCUGGGGGACAGUUUUCCGGGAGCUCAAUAAGCUGUACCCAACACACGCCUGCCGAGAGUACCUAAAGAACCUGCCACUCUUGUCCAAACACUGCGGGUACAGAGAAGAUAAUAUCCCCCAACUGGAAGAUGUGUCUCGAUUUCUCCGAGAGCGCACAGGAUUCACCAUUCGUCCCGUCGCUGGAUAUUUGUCUCCCAGAGAUUUCCUUGCAGGACUGGCCUUCCGGGUUUUUCACUGCACCCAAUAUGUGAGGCACGACUCCGACCCACUUUAUACCCCUGAGCCGGACACCUGCCAUGAACUUCUGGGACAUGUUCCUCUUCUUGCCGAACCCAGUUUUGCCCAGUUCUCCCAAGAAAUUGGCUUGGCCUCCUUGGGGGCAUCCGAUGAAGCUGUACAAAAACUGGCUACCUGCUACUUCUUCACAGUUGAGUUUGGAUUGUGCAAACAAGAAGGAAAACUGAAGGUAUAUGGGGCCGGACUGCUUUCUUCUAUCAGUGAGCUGAAGCACUCUCUCUCUGGAAAUGCCAAAGUGAAGCCUUUUGACCCCAUGGUAACCUGCAACCAGGAGUGUAUCAUCACUUCAUUCCAGGAGCUUUACUUUGUCUCGGAGAGUUUUGAAGAAGCCAAAGAGAAGAUGAGAGAAUUUGCUAAAACCAUUCAACGCCCCUUUGGGCUGAAGUACAAUCCCUUUACCCAGAGCGUGGAUAUCCUAAAGGAUACAAAGAGCAUCGCCAUGGUGGUCAGAGAGUUGCGUCAUGAACUGGACAUUGUCAACGAUGCACUUAACAAGAUGAACAAGCAGCUUGGGGUUUAAGGGGGAGCUUUAAAACUGGUGGAGAGGAAACAAUGCGGCUUCAAUAUGUCAGUGUAAAGCCACAUUUGAUAAUCUCUGCAAAUAAUCACAGGGCCCAGGAUGCUUGGUAGCACUGGAUCAUUCCAUAGAGUUGCAGAGCUUUAUUUUUGUAACAGGGAAAUAUAUAUUAUAUAUAGUACAGCCCAUUAGGGGAA